UGUAGUAGCCAGAGAAGCGUUCUACUACGAGGCGAGGUGAAGCGGUUGAGCGAUUUAUCGGUUAUUUUUGUUGUUGUUGACUUUUUUCAGCUGGAUAGUGAAUUAUGAACAGCUCGGUGGCCAAAAGGACCCAGGACACUCUUGGUAAAGUGAUAAAGAAACCUCCACUGACUGAGAAGCUGCUGAGCAAACCGCCUUUCAGAUAUCUGCAUGAUAUAUUAAGUGAGGUAAUUCGCACCACAGGCUUCAUGAAGGGUCUUUACGGGGAAGCAGAGAUGAAAUCGGACAAUGUUAAGGAUAAAGACUCAAAGAUAGCAUUUCUUCAGAAGGCCAUAGACGUGGUGAUGAUGGUGAGUGGGGAGACCGUAUCUGCUAAGCCUGCACGGAUAGUGGCCGGCCACGAACCGGAGAAAACCAACGAGCUGCUCCAGACUAUUGCCAAGUGCUGCCUCAACAAGAUUUCCAGUGACGAGGCUGUGAGGCGUGUCCUGUCCGGUGAUAAAGUGGACCUAAAGGGCAAAGCUGGCACCUCUAGGUCCCAGGGCAAGGAGAACAGAGAGGAAAAAAUCGAAAUCAAAGAGAGCGGCGUGACCGCAGAACAGAAAGACCCGGUCCAGCCCAGAGACCCGGCCAGCAAGAGGAGCGAGAAAGAGCGGCACAGAGACGGAGAGAGGGCCGAGAAGAGCCGGGAGAGAGACAGGACGAAGGACAAAGACCGGGAUAAAGACAAGAGUCGCGAUCGGGACAGAGACAAGACGCGAGACAGGGAGCGGGACAGAGACAAAGAGAAGGAUCGGGACAGGGACAGGACCAAAGAGACCAGAGAGAAAGAUAAAGAACGAGCCGAUUCACACAAGUACAGGGAACGAGCCAGAGAUAAAGAUCACGAGCAGAGCAGGAGACGAGAUCGGGACAAGGAACGGGAACGGGAGAGAGAGCGGCAGAAAGAGGCCGAGGACAAGCUGAAGGAGAAAACAGACAAAAAGAGCCGAGCAGCUGAGGAGAUCAACAGGCAGAAACCUCAGCCGGAGGAGCUCAGUAAAAAUAAAAAACCUGAGCCGGUGGAGCCUGAAAGUCCUGCUAGAAUACCCAGGCCCUCGUCUGCCAAGGGACAGCGACGCCGACCCAAAGCAGGAGCGCCAGAUGAAUCAGACAGUGAUGGAGGUGAGAACACCUCAGGGAACAAGCAAGUCCACCUCGAAAACGGAGAGGCUUCAGAUGUGCCAUCUCAUGCAUCACACAGCAGCGGUAACAGGAGGAUAGCACGGCCCGGCAGUGCCAGACCAGCUCCUCCAAGAGUCAAGAGGCAGGAGAGCUACGCUGAUGCAGUACCAGACGAAAGACUCGGCAGUGCCAAGCCUCCCUCAGCUGUCAUUGUGGACGGCAAAAAGCUCUCCGAUGAGGAGGAGGAGGAUGAAGAUGGGCAGUUUGUAGUCGAGGAGGCAGCUCCACCUCCCCCUGACAUGCCUGAAAUGAAGGAGUUAUCAGGUGAAUUACAGGGUGAUGAGGAACAUGGUGGACUCGUUAAAAAAAUCCUGGACACUAAGAAGGACUACGAGUCGUCGCCAUCAGCCUCUAGAUCGAAAGAUCAGGACCGGACCCCAGUUUUAGAAGCCGCUCGUAAGAAGGAGCGGGAGCUGGUGGUCAGGGAGAUCGAGCGGCUGCGUACAUCCGUUCAGGGCGUGUGCCGCAGCGCUCUGCCGCUAGGAAAGAUCAUGGACUACAUCCAGGAGGACAUGGACUCCAUGCAGAAAGAGCUGCAGACCUGGAAACGUGAAAACAAAGAGCAUGCAGAGGCCCUGCUGGAGGAACAGAGAAUCACGGACGGCGCCGUGGAGCCUCUGAAGGCCGAGCUGGCCGAACUCGAUCAGCUCAUCAAAGACGAACAGGACCGGAUCUGUGCCAUCAAGGCCAACAUCCUGAACAACGAGGAGAAGAUCCAUAAAAUGCUGGCCAGCAUCAACCUGUCCUCGAGGACAUGAACCAAGACGCGAAGCCCCGUUCACGCGGAGAGCCGAGACGGCCCGAGCAGCAACCUCGUCCGGGUUUCGGAUGGAAGAAACGGGUGCGAUCGGGUCACACUCCUGUCCUCGCCCUCGCUGUGCCUUCUGACCAUCACCGAACCUGUUAAAGAUCCAGUUCAUCCAGAUCUUAAUGUCCUGGUUUAAAAUGCUCGUAAAGCUGCACGUUUGUUCGGUACAGAGACGCAGGUGUUCAGUAAACGAUGGUGAAUUGUAAAAUAUUUUGUAAUUACCACUAGAGUUCCUUGUACACUAAAAUAUGAAGAUUAUAUUUACACACAGUUACUGUUUUCGGGCUGAAUCGACGUCUGAGCCAGCGGCAAUACUUAUAAAACGAUUUAGUUCUUGUUUUAUAA